CGCCGCUCGCAGCCCAAGCGGCCGCCCCAGCCCAGCCCAGCCCCGGCGCUGCGAUGAGGGGCAUCCCGGGCUUAAAGCGACUGCGGCUCAAAAUCUGCCGGCGAUGUGCCCUGCUGCUGCUGCUCCUCUGGGCUGCCUGCUGGGUGCUGGUGAGCGCUGCGCUGUUCCUCCUCCACAGGAGCGUCUUCUCCGAGCGCUGCACGGACGAGAAAAGCCACCGGAUCCUGGCCAGGCUGUGCCUCGACUACAGCAGCGGAGCCCUGACUGGGGACCUUUGUGAAGACCUGUGCGUGGCACAGAAGUUGGUGUACAAACACUGCCUUUACUAUGACAGAGGUAAGAAGGUCAUUCAGGCUGAUUGGAGAGGCCAGCCCAUCAUACUGAAAUCCAAAAAAGAAAUCUUUUCCAGCUACCAGCAUCUCAGUAUGCUAGAGGAGGUGGAAACACAGGAUAUCCCUGAAACAGAGCUUCUGCUUAUGGUAGCUUUGGAGGUCAAAAAUGCCCUGGGGCUAGAACUGUCUAACAAUACCAUGGGGCCCCUGUGGACAAGGAAGAAGGGACCACAUUGGAAAGCACAGGUGGCCAGCAUGUGGUCCUUGCUCCAGCAGGAAGAAUAUAUCUACUUCAGUUUGCUGCAGGACUUCAGCAAACAUGUGCUACGAAUUAUUGGCUCUUGUGGACACUUUUAUGCUGUGGAGUAUCUCACAGCUGGACAUGCCUGGCACAAAACUCUUUUUCCCCUGGAAAACGUGAUCGGCCCCUCCCUUACUGGACACAGAAGCAGGGUGAGAGCCAUCAUUGACAUUGCACUCAGCUUUCUGGACAUGGUGCAGCAUUUUGAUAAUGAUUUCUCUCACCGACUUCACCUGUGUGACAUCAAACCAGAGAACUUCGCUAUCAGGCAUGAUCUCACGGUGGUGGCCAUUGAUGUGGAUAUGGCCUUUUUUGAACCCAAAAUGAGGGACAUUCUGGAACAGAAGUGCACAGGAGAUGAAGAUUGUAAUUUCUUUGAUUGCUUUUCAAAAUGCAAUCUGAAAAUCAGAAAAUGUGGAGCACAGAGAGCCAAUAACAACUUGCAAGUAAUUUGUGACAAAAUAUUCCGUCGCUGGUUUUCCCCAAAUCUCAGAGGACCACUGGUUUCCCUGCCCCUGCAGCUGCAGCUGCAGAAAGCCGUGCAGGAGUGUGCUCAGCCGGGGCACACGGGUGCCACGGGGCACCAGAGGACUCUGAAAUCUCUCUCCCAGUUGUACCACCUGCUUCGGGUCACUCAGCGAGAACUGCAAGGGGCAGAGUAGACACAAAAGGCAGAACUGCAAAGGCCACAUCCCAGUCUCUCUGCCAUCCCUCCUAACCCUGUAUUUUACAGCACAGAGAUUGCUUUUCCACUAUGCAAAUGAAGUUCAUGGCUGCAGGUGCAUGCCCUGAUAAUAUCCUGUCAAGUGUUAAAUUACUUUACAUUACUUAGGUUCUGUUCUUGCUUAUUUUCCUGAGCCAGCAUUCCCCCUCUCCAUCAACAUUCAGCACAUCCUUCUGAGCCGUAGUCACUGCUCAGAUAGCAUCGGUCAGAAUGUGAUGCUCAGAGGUUGCAUUUACAGAAGAAAAGUGUAAGUGCAGCAAAUCUCUAUCAAUAGUUAAAAGAAUGGGUGGGUGGGUGUGGAUAAGUACAUGUAUGGUGUUUGUUUUUAGUUUCUCUAUCAAAUAAGAGGAUUUUUUUACAGUAGAGACAGAGCAUUCUGUGUAAAAAAAAAAAAAAAAAAAAGAGGGGGAUCUCAAACAGGGAAAUGUGCUGUCACACAAGGAAAGAGUUGCUUUUGUACAAAGCAGUCCUUUCUGAUGUCUCCAAAUGCAUUUUCUCCAGGGCAUUGCAUUACCUGUGCCAUUGCUAACUCUUUUGCAGAAAAAAUUAUAUAAAGGUACUUUGGACUUUUCUAGAGCAAAAUAAUUAUACCCUUGCUGAGCUCCCAUGUGGGUACUCAUAUUCUGCAGUGAAGAGGUAUGAAUAAUGCUACUGGAUUUUCCCAUGUGAACAAGCCCUCAGGCACUUGUACAUCAGAGCACUUGAUAAGAAGCACUCCUUUGCCAGAGAGCAGAAUUGCCCAGGAAUGUCAACAAUCUGUCCUUUGCACAGAACAAUAUCCAGACCCAGAGUUUUCUUCCAUGGUAUUUUUUUUAAUGAACUAAAGGAAAAUUUUUUGUACAAAUUCAUUAUCUUGCAAUCAGUUGUGUAAAUAAAGAUCUCUAGAUUAACUUAAAAAUAUUAACCUUGCCUUUCAAAUGUGCAGAGCUGUUGCUGGAGAAACUAACACAGAUUCAGGAGAUACUACAGUGUGUAGGCCCAGUACCAGGCAAAGUCCCCAUGAUCUGGUUUUGGCAUGAGGACAUUACAAACCCCACAAACAGGAACCCCAGCAGCCUAUGGCAGCCUGCAGCUUGGAGGAAUCAAUGGUAAGACUGGCAAUACUGGUUUGUGGAUGUGAGACAUCUAACAACACUUAAUCUGCUCCAUCAUUAUGUCCCUCAACCUUAUGACAGCUGUGAACCCUGUGAGUGCUAAUUAGACAAAAACUUUCCAUUUCUGGAGUGGUUCUUUAAAGAAAAGCUAAACACUGCCUGUGACCAGAAAAAUGGGAGCAGCUGAGGAGACCUUGACCUCUUAAAACCUCGCUCAAAUUUUCAUGCUGGUGCUAGUGGGUUUUCAUAUAUAUUUCUUGCAAUAAGCGAUCAUAUUUUUAAAACUCGUGCAAGCCCUCAAGAAAGUCAAAGCAAGAACAAGGUCAGCUGCCUUGCCUGGGUCCAAGCUGCCUUAGCUGUUGCUAAGCUGGAGCUCCAGUUUAAGAGCUCCUGACUGGUAAAGCUGCUCUCAGUCCACACUUCUCCUUUAACCAGGCAGCAAAGAAUGUUUCAAUACCUUAAGAUCAUUCUUUGCAAAAGCAGGAAGGCAAAGCAGAAUAAGAAGAAACAAGAAUUCCGGAACUAGCACUGUUACAAAGUCAUGAAAUAGAUGGAGAAAAUAAUUGUGGACAGAAUCAGAUUGUGGCAAAGGAGUGGGGAUAGGUAAAGAAUCAGUUAGAGAGAAGACAAGGAAAGAAAGAUGAAGGAAAAAUAGGAAAAAAAAGAAGAAGUAAAAAAUGUGUCAGCCUUUGUAGAAAUAUGAUUUGUGAUGCAAGAUUCGAUAAAGUGAUGUUUAGUCUGAGGAAGAAGAGACUGAGGAUAAACAUAAUAACUCUCUUAAAAAAAAGAAAGAGGUUGAUAAAAAGAGAAUAGGAGAGAACUGCCCUUCCAGAUUUCCUUGGUGGAUAUGGCCAGCAAUGAGCUUAAACUGUAGAGUGGAAGAAAACAGUAAGAAAUUUGCUACAGACUUUCUGAAGAGAGGAACAGUGAAGAUACGACACACAAAAAAACCCCAAAAUCAUCUGGGAAAACUUCAGACUUCACAAAUUGUGGUUUUUAACUACAACCAAGAGUGAGUGCCCAUCAGGAAUUAUGCACAUGCAGCUAAGUCGAUGAUGCUGCCUUGAGGUAACCUUUUAUCUCCAAGUCAUGUGAUUCUGUUAUCACCAGUUAGCAUCUGUGCUCUUGUGACUCCCUCAUGACAAAUCCCCUCUUCUGAGACUCAAGAAUACAUGUCUCUCCCUUUAUCUAUGCAAAUCUGUUGGCUUGCCUGCAAAGGGAAGGCAGAGAGAUCUCCAGUGAUCUCACAAUUUCAUGUGCAAAAGAUGCUACAGAGCCUGCUGGUGUGAUCCUGUCUCCCCCACACAACCUGCCUGCUGAUGGCACUGAUGCUUGCUAGGUCAGGAGGGACUCAAUAUAUAUCCCAAAUGCUGCUGGGGAGCCUGAAGAUAUUAAAUGUCAUUGUGUUCCUGUUUCCCUGGUCCCAUUCUUUCCUCCUUCUCAAACUCGGAGGGUACCUUCAGGGAAAAGCAGGCACCACAUAGACUCUCGGUGCUUUGCAGCAGAGUCAUGUUCCCCCCAUGGCAGGGCUUCCCUUCCCAUUUUCAGGUUUGCAUUUCAGACAGGAUAAAUUUCAGUUGGGUAGGAUAUUCCACUUUUAAAACAGGUGGAAAAAACAUAGUGAAAUUAAAACUGGUGGCAGCCAAAUGCUGAUGGAAUGUGACUCUGCUCAGAAGAUCCUUUUUCCUUGGCAGGAUAUAGGAAGGGAAGCUGCCUUUGACAGAUUUCUCCAACCCCCUCAGGGCCUGGCUGCAGCCACCUCUACCUGGCAGGGACCUCCUUCCCCCACACCACACUUUCCCAGGACAUUAGGUUUCACUUCUUUUCAGGAUACAGAGAAUAAUCCUCAGAAACCUCUCAAGAUCGACACAAUUGAGUUAUUUGUCCUUGGCUGGGCUGUGAGAUUACAUAUCACUGAUGCAGCCAGCUCCAGGCAGGCUUUGGUGCACACCUUCAAGGAGGAAAGGAGAACCUGACAGGUUGUGUGAACACAGGGCUUGAUUCUUCACAGCCCCCCACGUGCUUUGUAAAGUCACUAAAUCCCGGGAAACAGGAGAGAAAGCACUACCAGUGAAGCAAAUGAAAUAUUUUAAUUUAAUUAACAAAGGUGGCAAAGACCAAAACAGGAAUAAAACUGUAGUUGUGCUUUUUUCUCCUUGGGACAGGAAGAAAAAGUUAAGGCCCUUGUUUAGUGGCCAUUGACCUUAAAGAGACAAGUGCAAGCUGCUGUAAUUUGAGUCUGUAUGAUUUUGCAACCACGUUAUUGGUGAAAAUAGCUAUUUGUUUGAAUGGAAAAAUCUCUACAGGUGUUUGACAGGAAGAACCAGGACUGGUGCUCCUGUCUGAUGAAGCCCCUUUCGUGCUGCCCUGGCAGCACUGCCCACCCCUCUUUGGUAGUUAGUGCACUGUAGCUUUGCAAAGACUCUGUAAGAUUCUUCCCACUCCUCAUCCCUUCCAUAUAAAAGAUUUCUUACAUAGGUUCACUAAUAGCAUUUGGUUGCACUGGCAACAGCCACUUUAGCCCAAGAUGUCUGUUCCCAUUCAAUUGAUCUCAGCCCCAUCCCUUUGCUCUGUCAGUCUGUUCCCAUAUCCUUUUUGCCCUAUAAAAGUGGCAUUACCUCCUGAUUAAUUUCUACUACUUGCUGAAUUACUGCCUUAGUCAGCAACUUCUACCCCAUAUUUAUGGCUCCCUGUGAAACAGGAAUGGCAUUAAGUCAUUGUUUAUUCGUUCUGUGCAUCUCAGCAGCAUGUGCUUCAACUCUGCAAUAAUCCAAAUAUACUGUCUGUUCCCACAUUUUACAAGAGAUGAGUCCAGUUGGAGGUCUACUUUAUCUUUGGGAAAUCUUUAGGAAAGAUAAAUUCAACCCGAUGCUCAAGAUUUUCACAGAUUUUCUGAUACUUCUGAUUUUCUCCAACUGGCAUUUUAUGCUCUGCAAAAAACAUCUGCAAGCAAUAGUCCUGCACUAGGAUGAUAUAAAACAGAGCAGAACUCCUUGUCCCAAAGGGUUUAUGUGGUCCCCUUUGUAUUUCUAGGUUGACUCAAUCAUAAGUAGCCCAGAAAAGCAGGUCUUUGCUGUAGCCUGGGUGCUCUUACCAAUACUACUGCUCCCUAAUGUGACUUUCCAGACUCCCCCUUCACUGAGAGCAUUCAGACGUGUUGCUGGAGGCAGCACUAGAGAUAA